AUGCAGAAGGAGGACUCUGCGGCGCCUGCCACCCAGCAGCCUACGACCUAUGAUCACUUCCUGCAGACUCACAGGUCACAGCUCGAAGGCGUCGGCCUUCCUGAAUCUCUCUGGAAGCGAUUGUUCAUCAAGCUCAAGGCGCAAAUCUUCGAUGCUGCCGACACCUUCGAGUUCGAGUACGACCCCAACACCACGACGACGGGCGUGGAGUACCGCGUCGUAACCAAGAAGGCCCUCCAGCCUCUCUCCGACGUCUUCGUCAUCGACCAUGCCUGGACGACCACUGCCGACAAGGCACGUGAACAGCUGCGCACCAUUCCCCAUCUCCUCCAAAGGAUGGUUCGGCUCACCGGUGUGGACGACGAAGCCGACGUCACCGACGAGGAAAAGAAGAAGGUGCUGGUGGAUAAGGUCUGGCGAGCGAUGUGGCGCUUCAACCAUACCUACACGGUCAACACUGCCACAGGCGAUCAGAUGACCAUGUGGUACGUGAUGGACGAAGCUGGCUCCUGGAUCACCCACAGCGACGAGCCCAAUUUCAUGGUCAAGCCCAUCUUUUGGCUCUACGCAGGCAUCGCGUAUACCCUGAUGUGGCCCAUCAAGCCACUCGCCGAGGAGGAGGCGGUGACUAGAGAUUUCCUCCUGGGCGUGACGCAGCAGAGGCGCGAGCGAUUCAUCGCUUUCUUCGACGAUGACCGGCGGGAAGUGCUGGCACAGCUGAUCGAAGAGGAGCACGCCGAGGCCACGAAGAACCAACAGCCGCAGCAGCACCAGCAGGGGGUCCAAGCGUCAGAGGCGAAGAAAGAGGGAGACGACGCCCCCGCGAGCCAAGCGACAAAGGCCAAAGGCAAGGCCAAGCUCCCGCUGAAGCUGUUCACCCCCUACAAGCUGGUUCGUGCCCACCUGACCCGAAAGGAGUUCAUCAUCGAGGACAACAUCAACCUGGCCAACAUCUGGUGGCUCUACGAUCGCAUCAAGGACUUUGCUGAGCUGAAGAACACCGACCCCGCGCAGCAGCCCGUCUAUGUCAACCAGUUCCCCAACGACGCGUGCAUCACGGUGAAGGAUCUGCUGGCCGAGACCGUCAGGGGAGUGCUGGGCGAAGUGCCAUGGCUGCCGCUGACCUACAACCUGGAGACCCAGCUGGCAGCAUUCAUCGCCGAUUUCCACGGCCGCCAGGAGAAGAACGAGGACAACGUGUGGAUCGUCAAGCCCUGGAACCUGACGAGGGCUAUGGGCCACCUGGUCACGGAUGACAUCGGGGCCAUCGUGAGGCACAUCGAAGUCGGCCCACGAGUCGCGCAGAAGUACAUCUCACGACCUUUCCUGGUCGACCAAAAGAAGUUUGAUAUGCGCUUCCUCGUGCUCGUGAAGUCAAUUGAGCCGCUCGAAAUCUAUCUCUACAACGUGUUCUACCUUCGCUGUGCCAAUGUGCCCUAUUCCCUGGAGGACUUCGAAAACUACCAGAAGCACUUCACCAUCAUGAACUACAUCGAAGGGGCCGAGCUGAAGCAGAUCCCCGACACCGAGUUCAUUCCCGAGUACAACAGGCAGAUGCCCCACGCCACCUGGCAGGAGGCCGUGCAGCCCAAGAUCCACCAGCUCGUCCUUCAGGUCUUCCAAGCCGCCAAGGCCACCAAGAAUGGCAUCCGCCACCUCCCCAACUGCCGCGCCAUCUACGGCCUCGACCUAAUGGUGGACGCCGAUGGUCAGCCGCUGCUGCUCGAGGUCAAUUACAACCCCGACACGACGAAGAUCUGCAAGUGGUCGCCCUCCUUCUGGAACGACGCGCUGGCCGUGCUCUUCCUCGACGAGGACAAGUGGCGGGACGCCGGCGCCAAGGUCACCAGGCUCAGCUAA